AUGUUCACCUCAUCUGAUCCGAACUUACCUGAUUUGGAUUUUGAACUUGUUGACGAAAGACAACAAAACAUGUAUUUGAAUGAAGCGAUGAUCAAGGAUCUUUUGUCAUCGCCAACAUCAACAUAUCGCAUUGUGAAACCGACAAAUUCAAAUAAACGGCCGAUUCCCAAUCAACUUCGUCGACAGCUAACCGAUGAAAGUCCGCAUAAACAACGUACACCACCGAAUUCAACUGGAACAAGUUUAUCACCACAUCAAUCAUCAUAUUUGACACGAGAUACGAAUCCAAUUCGAAUAACAAAUGCUCAAAAUAACAUGCGAGUAUCCUCACCGGCAACAACCAAACAGUUAGAUGCAGUUGCAGUAUUACUUAAACAAACCAUUGCACCUACACCAUUCACACAAACGAUUCAAACGCGCCUUGAGAAUCCAACACGUUAUCAUUUGGAACAAAUAAGUCGAAAACAAACACUAGUUGCUGAAGAUUCACCUGUGUUACCACAGGAAGAAUCAUCACCGGAUAGUGAAAUUACAUCUGAGAUGGAUGAUCAACUAAACGAUGAAGCAACAUGUGGCAGCGUUGACAGUAAUACCCAUGGAAUUAACAUAACCCCUCGGUUAUCAACAACGGUCACUGGCGACCAUCCUGGUUCAGUAUUUUUAUCAUCAUCCUUAUCAAAAGAUGGUUUAGACAGCAGUAGUCGACAUUCAUCAUCGUGCCCAACUAAUAUUUUAAGCGCGAAAGCGAAAAUUGGGUUACCAUUAACUGAAGAUGAAAUGCGUCUUGUUCUUCGAGAUCGCCAGAAAAAGGACAAUCAUAAUAUGAUUGAACGUCGUCGUCGUUUUAAUAUCAACGACCGUAUCAAAGAACUCGGCACACUGCUACCAAAGGGCGCUGAUUUAGAUGCAAAACAAAACAAAGGAACAAUACUGCGUGCAUCGGUUGAUUACAUUAAAAUCUUACGUCGCCAAUACGAAAAUGCUUCGUUGAUCGAUGGAAAAUGCCAGAUGCUAGCUGAACAAAAUUUUGCUUUACAAGAACGAGUCAAAGAACUAGAACGCAAAUGUUUAUCACAUGGCAUUUCAAUCAACUCAACUGCAGCAGCAUCGACCACAUUGAAAAGUUCACCAGCAAUUGCCAUGGCCAAUCCAAAUGGUGUCAAACAAGAACCAUCAUCAUUAUCAUCAUCAUUGAACAAUAAUAAUAAUCCAUUAGUUCCUCCGUCGACACCAAUAUUUGCUACAUUUGAUUCGCUUCCGCCACUUGACGCCCUUUCAGUAUUUGGUCUCGUUGAUGAAGAUAGUAAUGAUACAAAUAGUGCUGUAGGAAACACAUCAACUGAUCCACUUUCUCCACUCACACACGAUCCAUUUUUAUCUUCCGCAUCGUUUGGUUUCGACAAUGAAAUGGAUAUCGGUAGUGGCUUUCCUUGA